GGUCGAGGGUGCGAACCAUUCUUUCCGAGCACAUGAUGGACGCGCUGAUCCCCACUGACUUGCAACGUCUUCUCCGAGCCGCCUGGACAGCUGCGCACGAGGUGGAGCGGGUGCCAGACGAUGGCUACGACAAGGCGUACCUGCUGCUGAUGUCCAUAUUUUGCUUUGUCAUUGCAAUUUGCAGUUGUGGAGGCGGUGCCAAGAAUACAAGCGAGGUAGAGACAUCGCCAGUGAUGCCGGCACAUGCCAUGGCUGUCGACUGGAAAUCAAACUUCAGCAUCUCCGAGAUGGCUCGUCUGAACAUCCACAGUUAUCGGCACCAAGACAGCUACAUCUACCCAGGAGGGAAAUCAGCCGAGCAGUCGUCCAGGGAAGACGACGCUGCGGCCGUGAUUCAGCGCUGGGUGCGCAACGAAUUUAAACGGUGGCUGCGAGACACCAAGUCCAAGUCCAGCACUGAUCAGACUCCGUUAAACUGCCAGCGCUGGAUCGACGAAGACCACGGCGCCAUUGUCAACACGCCGCUCGAAGAUGCCAAUGUUAGCAGCAGCGAACUCGGGCCUCCGGGGGGCAAUCUUCGCUCCAACGACGCGCUCCUCGCAGGAAACAAACACUCAGAAACCAAAGACAAAAGCGGUGAUGACGCGGAAAUGCGUCCAGCUAUUCGUUGUCAAUGGCAGCCAUCGCUUUCUUAUUUUGAACUUUCUAAGUCUCUGCUAAGACUGAAGUGGCCCGUCGACGAGCUCGAUACGAACAGCCCGGAAUCCGUGCAACCUUUAACUUAGCAACCGUAGGUUAGAACUUUUGCGAAGUUUAUUUCACUUGGGCGAGGUAGAAUCAUUCGCAACAGGAUCGCUGCGUACAUAUUACCUGGCUCUGGAAUCACUAAAUUCGUUCUACAAAGAAAAUAUUUUCUGUCGAUCAUCGAAAUAACACCCUUAUAAUUUUUCUGUC